UAAACGGAAACUAGUUUGUCUGUUGAACCAAAACGUCAAUAUGUUCAGUAUAAAAAGUGGUGGAGGCUAGUCGGUGAUUUACUAAGUCCAGUGCGGAGCUAUAGGACAGUUCUAUUUACACCAAAAAUUAAGAAUGAGGACCUUCGUAGUAGUAUGCCUCCUCGGGCUGGUAGCCGUGACCCUGGCCAGGCCUGAGUCCAAGUACACCAGCAAAUAUGACAACAUCAACUUGGAUGAAAUCCUCGCCAACCAGCGCCUCUUGGUGCCGUACCUCAAGUGUAUACUGGAAGAGGGAAAAUGUACCCCGGAGGGCAAGGAACUUAAAUCGCACAUUCGCGAAGCUCUCGAGGAGGACUGUGCCAAGUGCACAGAGAACCAGCGCAAGGGAACCCGCAAGGUCUUGGCUCACCUCAUCAACCACGAGGAAGGAUACUGGAACCGUCUGAAGGCCAAGUACGACCCCGAGUCGAAAUACACCGCCAAACACGAACAGGAACUAAGGGAACUUAAGCACUAAAGCGCUUUAUAGAUACGCUGGAUUGUAGACUAUUGAUUCAAGCUUUUUGGUUAGUUAUGUAAAUUGUAAAAAAAGCGCUGCAGCAAAAAUUUGUCCAGAAACGAUCAUCGUUUACCAUAUUCUGUUUAAAGUAUUUUUUUACUUUUAGAAAUAUGUAUGUAUUUGUAUGUGUUACUGAAGUGUAGUAUUUUUUAUAUCAAGGCUUGUGAGUUACAGUAAUACCUAGUGUAGAACAUUUUUUUGUAAUAAAUUAUUUUUUGUUAA